AUGAACUCCACCUUGGAGGGUAAUCAGAGCAGCCACCCCUUUUGCCUUCUGGCAGUUAACUAUUUGGAGACUAUCAAUUUUUGCCUCUUGGAAGUAAUGAUCAUUGUUUUUUUAACUGUGCUGAUCAUUUCAGGCAACAUCAUUGUGAUUUUUGUUUUUCAUUGUGCACCUUUAUUAAACCACCACACUACAAGUUAUUUUAUCCAGACUAUGGCAUAUGCUGACCUCUUGGUGGGAGUGAGCUGCCUAGUUCCUUCCCUAUCAUUACUCCAUUAUCCCCUUCCAUUGGAGGAAUCUUUAACCUGCCAAAUCUUUGGCUAUGUGGUAUCAGUGCUGAAGAGUGUGUCUAUGGCUUCUCUGGCCUGCAUCAGUAUUGACAGGUACAUAGCAAUCACCAAACCUUUGACCUAUAAUACAUUAGUCACACCCUGGAGACUCCGAAUUUGUAUUUUGGUUAUUUGGCUCUAUUCUACCUUGGUUUUCCUGCCUUCCUUCUUCCACUGGGGUAAACCUGGAUAUCAUGGAGAUGUGUUUCAGUGGUGUGCUGAAUCCUGGUCCACUGACCCUUACUUCACCUUCUUCAUUGUGAUGAUGCUCUAUGCCCCUGCAGCUUUCAUUGUGUGCUUUACCUACUUCAACAUUUUCCGCAUCUGCCAGCAACAUACCAAGGAAAUUAGUGAAAGGCGGGCACGUUUCAGUAGCCAGAGUGGAGAAGCUGGGGAGGUACAAUCCUGCCCAGAUAAGCGCUAUGCCAUGGUCCUGUUCCGCAUCACCAGUGUCUUCUAUAUCCUCUGGCUGCCAUAUAUCAUUUACUUCUUGCUAGAGAGCUCAGCUGGUUUCAGCAACCGCACCGCAUCCUUCUUGACGACCUGGCUUGCCAUUAGUAACAGUUUCUGCAACUGUGUCAUUUAUAGUCUCUCCAAUAGCGUUUUCCAAAAAGGGCUGAAGAGGCUUUCUGGGGCUGUGUGUGCCUCCUGUGUAAGGCCAACAACAGCCAAGGACCCUUGUCCUUCUAAAAGCAAAGGACUCUCUAAUGGAUGCCAUGUCUGAAAUGGCUUUCAGCAUGUCUGUGUUCCUGGAUGUUUUUCUUUCCAAGUAUUUCUUAGUCAAUUAGGAAAUUCGGAACAAAAAUCACAUCAAGUGAAUAAGAACAAAACUAAAAAGAAAAACCAUCUGUGUUUGAAAGAAGAUUUUUCUGAGCAGUGUUUUAGGGCCAUAAGAGUUAAAACAAUGAACAAAAAAAUCUAAUACAGUUUCUGAAAUGUCAAUGAAAUUAUUCUGGUUCUCAAACAAAUGAUGCCUCUUUCUGCAGCUGGCAUGACUGUAUCUGGAUACAGGGUAGCUUCAACAUCAAGGAAGAUUCUUCAUUUUGUGCGGCUUUAUUGUACGUUUACUUCCUAUUUGUGUUAGGUGUGUAAAUUGUGUCUAUGGCCAGGGAAUGUCUGACUGUGACAGUGAAUUCUAGGAAUCAUUAUGUUUGCCAAAGUAUAACUUUACUACAAGUUUCAACAUUGUCAGUUGGGCCAGGGUGGGAGAGUGGCAGAUUUUAUGCCUCUUUUCCCUGAAUAAGAGCUCUCCACAGGCUGAAUAAUGUGAACCCUUGAACAUUAAACUUUAAAAAUUUGCAAUGAGCCAUGCAAUAAUUGUGCAAUCAAAUCAUGAGGUUGAUGGAAAACUGAGCUAGCCUCAGCUCUGUGCCCUGCUUCACAACUCUGUAAAGAACCAUUGUGUAGAGAUAUGAUUUAAUUUACAGGGUUUGAUAUGUGUGUGAGUGUGUAUGUGCACAUGUGCACCCACACUGUGAAUGUUUGAAUUCAGCCAGAUUUUCCUGUUAC